CUAGCUGCAGCUAACUCGGGUCGGGAAAAUGCGACAGCGACUGCCCACUCGAGGUCGUCAUGGCGACAGCCAGUGAACGUGUUCCUCUCCUCGGGCAGGCCCCCGAGUGUAGAGGAGCUGCUUCGAGAGGCGCAGCUCAAUCUCCAGAGCCUGUUGCAAGAAGACUAUGAGGAACAGUACUCGGAGGCCAGACUUCUGGGGCAGACCUUCCGCUCUGCUGAUGAGGCCCCUGAGCCCACCCCCAGCCCAAGGCUCCAGUCUGCCAGGCGUCUGGAGUUUGUACUGAUGCCCACAAAAUGGCAGCUGAGCGAGGAUGAGACUACCAUGCAGGGUGUGAGGGCCCCUGAGGCCUCCCCGAGCCUGCCUACCACAGCCGACAAGCAAGCUGCCUGGAAUAGCCCCUUUUCUCUGCCCAUCCUAGAGGAGAAGCGGUGGCUUCAGUCUUGUCCCACACACUCUGACAUCGUGCCCAUCAACGUCUCCGGGCAGCAGUUUGAUAAACAUGCAAGUUUGCGACACUCGUUGUUUAACACAGAGACAGCCGUGAACCCCAAGUCCACCCUGAGGCGGAGGAGGACCAUUAUUGGAUUUUCUAACUAUUCCCAGCGAGACCAAGGUCACAGCAACAGCCCAGCAGGCAGUGUGGCCCGCUCUACCACCUCAGACAUCAGGCCCAGCCAUUCAGUUCCAGAAAGUGUUCAUGGAAGAGUUGCACUCGGUCAGGAAGCUCGGUUCCCAAAUCUCACCUCACCAGUACUAAGAAAUCCUUCUAGUCAUCCGGAAGAACCUCUCCAGGCAUGGGGUGCCACAAAACCCCCUGGAAUGGAGAGCAUGGGGAUGGUGUACAGCAUUCCUGGUUCUUGCAAUGGACCAACAGAAUCGACAUUCUCUGCUUCCUGGAAGGGGGAUGCUUUUACCUAUGUGACUCCAAGUGCCACUGCUCAGAGCAGUCAAGUCAAUGAAAAUGGAAAAAAUCCUUCCUCUGGGAAUUCUUGGGUCUCUCUGCACACACUGCCACCUCUUGUUCCUAAGGAGGCUGCUACCCUCUUUGUCACUCGUGAUAGCCCAGCAGGGUGCAGUGGGCCUGCUGGCUACUCUCAGCAUCCUACGCAACGAAGCCAAGUAUCAGAACGACCCUCCAAGAUUGGCCUUCUGACCGGUGGUACCUCAAGGCUGGAGACAGGCCCAGGUGGGGCCAGCAGGUUCCGGGAGCGGUCACUGUCUGUACCCACAGAUACAGGUACCAUGGAUGUGGACUAUGAGGAGGAGCAGAAGGCCAGUGAAGCCUGUGCCCUACCUUAUGCCAGUACGAGUUCUGAGGGCAGUAACAGUGCUGACAACAUUGCCUCCCUCAGUGCCCAACAGGAGGCCCAUCACAGAAGGCAGAGGUCCAAGAGCAUCUCACUCAAAAAGGCCAAGAAGAAGCCUUCCCCUCCGACUCGCAGUGUCUCACUGGUCAAAGAUGAACCAGUCCUCUUGCCGGAAGGUGGGUCAGUACUACCCAAGGACCAGAGGCCCAGGAGCCUUUGUCUCUCCUUGGAACACCAAGGACAUCACUCAUCCCACCCAGAUACUCAGGGUCACCCAGCUGUGCCAACCUUCAAAGACCCAGAAGGUACACAAUUCGCCCAUCACUGGUAUCUUACUGACUGGAAGUCUGGUGACACCUACCAAUCCUUGUCCAGCUCCAGCACUGCCACUGGCACCACAGUCAUUGAGUGCACCCAAGUUCAGGGCAGCUCAGAAUCUCUUGCCUCCCCUUCCACUUCCAGAGCCACGACACCUUCUCAACUUUCCAUCGAGGUGGAGGCCAGGGAGGUAUCCUCUCCAGGAAGGCCUGCUGGGCUGAUGUCACCCUCCAGUGGAUACUCCAGCCAGUCAGAGACACCAACACCCACUGUCUCCAUGUCAUUGACCCUGGGCCACUUGCCCCCUCCAAGCAGCAGUGUCCGGGUGCGUCCAGUGGUACCUGAGAGGAAGUCAUCACUACCCCCAACAUCACCAAUGGAGAAAAUGUCCAAGUCACGGCUAUCGUUUGACCUACCAUUGACCUCUUCAACCAACCUGGAUCUGUCUGGGAUGAGUAUCUCAAUCCGAAGCAGAAACAAGGUGAGCCAGCAUCAUUCAGAUACAAAUUUGGUGGCCAAGCUGGCCCAGAAAACUAGCCCCAACCAGCCAAUCAUGCCCAUGGUUACUCAGUCUGACUUACGUUCUGUUCGCCUGAGGUCAGUCAGCAAGUCUGAGCUGGAAGAUGACAUUGAGAGCCCUGACUAUGCUGAGGAGUCAGGAGCUGAAGUCUUCACCUUGCCAGAGAGGAAGAUGAAACCUCCCAUAGCUGAGAAGCCCCCUCUGGCCCGAAGGCCUCCAAGCUUAGUCCACAAGCCACCAUCUGUCCCCGAGGAGUACCCACUAACUUCGCCUACCUUGGCUAUGACUCCUAAGAGCUCAAUUCAGCACAUAAGGCCACUCCCUCAAGAUAUCUACACAGUAGUGCGGAAAUCAAAGUCCUCCAGCUUUCCUGAGAGCAGAAGCCCAGGGGAGUCCACAGCACCCUCAUCUCUUGUUUUCAUGCCUUUUUCCAGUUCCUCUGGUGCUUUCUUCUCAGGAACACAGCAACCUCCCCAGGGAAGUAUGGAGGAUGAGGGCCCUAAGGGGAGAGCCCUGCCUGAAAGAAUUAGCCUCCAGAGCCAAGAAGAAGCUGAGAAAAAGAAAGGCAAGAUUCCACCUCCUGUACCAAAAAAGCCCAGCGUGCUGUACCUGCCUCUCACUUCACCCAUGGCUCAAGCGGAGGCCUAUGUGACUGAACCAAGACUGCCCCUCAGCCCCAUCAUCACCCUGGAGGAAGAUGCCAAGUGUCUCCCAACUGAUGACCACCUGCCAUCUGCUGGUACAAAGAUGACCUCAAUGCCACAGUCCAACAGUGAAAGGGAAGCAAGUCCUCCAGGGAGUUCAAUGGAACCAAGCACCGAAGAAAAAAGUGUAAUCAGUGAUAAAACAGCCGAGUGGAUUGCAGAAGAUGAUGAUGAUGUGUUUGUGGCUUCACGUACAACUGAAGAUUUAUUUACUGUGAUCCACAGGUCCAAAAGAAAGCUGCUUGGCUGGAAGGAACCUGGUGAGACCUUUGCUGGCAGCAGCAGACCAAGCUCCCACUCACCAGUAAGGAACCCACCUGAGUCUCCAGUCAGUGAGUUGGCUGCCUCUGCAGGGUCAAGCGGCAGUGCCAACCUAGAUGCUGGCAGAAAUGAUGAUUUCAAGGCCUUGCUACAGAAGAAGGGAAGCAAGGCAACUCCAAGGUCCCGCCCCUCAGCAGCCGAACUGCUGAAGACCACUAACCCACUGGCUCGGCGAAUUAUUGCACAAUUUUCAAAAGACUACAAAACCCCUGAUAACCCCAGUACCUAAGCCCUGGGUUCAGCAAACAAGGUUUAGUUACUAAACUUGAGUAGAGAAGGGGGAAGAGGAAAAGAAGGUUUUGAAAAAGAACAUGACAAAAAAGCCUGCAUUUCUUUGACAUUAACUUACACUCUGGACAGCAGGAGAGAGGCCACAUCUAGAACUAAAUUUAUCAGGCACUUUAAUCAUCUUCAGACAUUUUACAUUUUCAUACUUAAAAUCUUGCCGUUACUGAGUACCGAUUUUCUCCUUAUUUCCCCCAGUGGUAUGCACUUAGAAGAAAUUCUCAGAUGCAAGGGCACAUGUGCCAUCUUUUCAAUCAAUCACCAGGCUGCUCCAUCCCUGGCUUCUGUCACUGAGGGGCACAGUGAGAGAGCAGUUUGAGGGCUGCCAAUCCCAGGGGAUAUAGGGUGCCAAUGGUGAUUAUUCGCUUUUCUCAUCAAGGCCCUGAUGACCUUGUAUGGAGAAACAGAAGGACUCUAAUGCCUCUUCAACCACAGUUAACUCUCUCCCAUGAGAGGUUUGCAGGUGUGCACUUAUUUUGGCAUGGGGUUGAUUGGAUGGCUUUUGUAGUGCAAAAUAUGAAUGUGACUCUGUCCUGAACUUCAUGCCUUUUUCAGUUUGAUUGUCUACACGGAGAUCAGGGUGAUGAGUUUCAGUAAACAUAUAGACCUCCCCCUCCUCACUCCUCUGCUAAAAAAGGUCAGAACUGGCUUGCUUUGGAUGAACCAAUCUCAGUCAACAAACAAGGCAGCCAUUUGUUCACUCAUAUCUACCCAAGGUAACUCACACAUGCGCUUUGAGAUCCUUCAAGUAUCUGCCACCAACGAUAGCUAGUGUCUGUGCCCAGCUCACGCUGCAUUCGAAGAACUCUGGUUUCAUUUGCAUAUAGCAUUCAUUACAGGAAGUCAUUAGCUGAAGGAAGAGCAUCCUCAGAGGCUCAAGGAGGAGAGAAAUUAAGUGUAACUUGCCCACCACCAUUCAGUUCAGAUUGUGGUUGGUUUUAUUUUGUUUGAAGGAGAUCUUCCUCUGUUCCCAAGCGAGAACACACACUAAAAGGAUAGAGCGAAAAUCUGACAGGCAGCCUUGCAAGUUACUGUGGUCCAUAACCCCCCCAAAAGGGCUACUUUUUGCCAUUUAGGUUCUGCUGCUUGACCAGUUUUCAGUUAACCAUGCUAGGGGAGAAAGUAAGAACUUUGUUAAAUGGGAUGCUGACAGAGCACCAGAACAAUCAUUGUGACCCCUUCCCCCCACCCUCUGCCAAAGCUUAUAGACACUAACUAUUCUUGUCAGUUCAGUUUUCUAAGCAAAGCAAGAGCCAUGAUUCAUUUGAUUUUCAUAUGUCUGGUUUCUGAGAGGUUGAGGGGAAAAACAGACAGCUUUGAACAAAGAAAACUAGCUGACCAAUAAUGGAAAAUUAAUUGUCCACCAUUACAAGAAGGAAAAAAGAAAGUCAAAUGAAAUUCACAAAGAGGGUAUCCUGACCUCUUCCUCCUUCACCCCCAACCCAACAGAUUCAUUGGUCAACCUCUUGGAGGAUAUGGAAACGUCCCCCCAGAGACAAGCAGAUCUUGAGUUUGAUAGGUCUCAAUAAGAAGCAAACCCUUUAGCCCAGCUGCCCACACAGCAGACAGAGCAGCUGGAAGACCACACUAAGCGUUGAUGGGACUUGGACCUCUCGCACAGGGGCCCUAGGCCUGGGCCCUUGGUUGGUUCAGUUUUGAACCCUAGACUUCUGAGUACAGACCAGGCCCAUCCACUCCCUUGCCAUCAGCACCUCCCCCUGAUUUAGACAGAAGCUACUUCAAAUAAUAGACAGUUACCAAAACCUCAGUUGCUUUUGAAAGCAUUCCAACUAGUUGGUGCAAAGGCCCUGACUAGAUUUCAGAGGUUUUGCCUAAAGUAAAAGAAGAUUCAUUCCUAGCCUUAAUUUAUAUACAAAUACCACACUUGUCUGCCCUCAACACAGAAUUUCAAAGGACAGAAACAUUUUCCUCUGUGGGGAAAUGGAGUGUUCGUUCUUUUGCCUAACAAAAGUGAGGCUGCCGGGGCCCUCUACUCUUGAACCAUUAUGAGCUAUAAAACAGAGUAUGAGACUCACGUGGUAUAAGACUUGUUACCUCUGCUGACCUUUUGGAAGCUUCUUGUUUGCGACUUUUGUCUCUCCCCUCAUUUUGCCGCCUCUGGUGGUUUUCCCCAAAGAUUCUAAAGCUGAAUACCCAGACAUCUUGACAUUUUUUCCUCUGCAAUAUUCUGCAUGCCUGCAAUUUUUAGAAAGUCUUAUGCAUCUUCACUAUGGCCCUCCAAUAGCCAGUGUUGUUCCCAUUAGCAGAAAAGGAUUUGGGGCAGAGAUGGCGUGGUCAGAGGUAACACUGAGGACUGGUAAUAAUCAUUUAAUAUUGCAACAGGUGGACUUAGUCCUAAACAAACAACCAAACUAUAGAAGUUCUAUCAAUCUUUGAUGAACAUCAUACCAGACAGCUCUCUUAGUCCUAGCACUCAACAUUUUGCUUCCCCUUGUUUAUCGUAACGCCAACUCUGUCUCCCACCCAGGCACAAGCCGCAGUGUUUGCUUACUUCUGCACCUACUCUGCCAAGAUGAGAAGAGAGGCAGAAAGCCCCUUCCAGUCAGACUUUCAGAAAACCCACUGUUGCCACUAUUACUAGUGUGAAUAAUUUUUGAAGGUGGAAUACAGAAGGGAUUCAGAUGAAAUGAAGUUAGCCCCAGGAAAUCAACUUCCAAUUCAAGUUGUUUCUGUCCCUUUGUUUCCUCUGAUUCCAACUAAUAGCAGCAGGGUUCUCCGCUGGACUGACUUCUGUCUAGUCAGGAAUAGAGGGAGUCAUCCCCAGGGGGGGAGGUUAAUCGAUAGCUAAGAGCACUUUGCCCUUGGUGAGUAUUCAUUAUGUGUUUGUGGUUCAAAGGUUGAGGGUGGAGAACAAGUCAUUUUCAGCACAACAGGAAUCUUUGCUGCUGUCUCUUGUCCUUUGCCUGCCUCAGUCUGUCACCUGGGCCUUCCACCUGGCGCCAACAUGUCCCUCAGUACGUAUUCCUGUGAACUUUUUUUUUUUUAAAAAGAGGCAAGAUCAUAGGAAGCAAAAAAGCUCAUGCUAGCUUACUGACCACAAAUCAACCAGUUGAACUGGAAACAUUACCUUGAAUGUACAAAGACAGAGGAGAGUCUGCAAGGCUCUUAUAACAGGAUUGUCACCAAAGACCCAUUUUAAUUCUCCAGUGACACAGGUCAGAUUGUGAUCCCACAAGACCCAUCAGUUUGAGCAGAUCUGUCCAUGCACCUGCCCUCUUCCUCAUCACCAAAGUGUUCCCUAAAAGGGCAAGUUCAUAGUCAGUGCUCUGUUCCUCCAGUGCAGCCUUCGAUUAUCACCAAGUAUGUAACACAAUGGCCAGCCUUCAUUUUAAUAUGAUUUGCCAGGGCCAGGGCUAGAGUGGGGUGAGUGAGGCACCUGGGGUGCAGAAUUUAAGGAGGCACCCACUCUCAGGGCCAUGUAAGUGCCUUACCCUAAUCCCGGCCUUGCAAUUUGCACUCUGUAAAGUAAUAUCAAUUUAACUUCUUCCUAUGGACAUGUACGGUUCUUCUGAUUUGAAGGGGGAGGGUAACUCCCUAUCUGUUGUUGCACCAAAUGUUUCAUUGCCAUCAAUUUUUCCAUGGUUCUAAACCUUUGUAUGCCUAUACAUCAAAGACUCUUCAAUAUUAUCAGAAAACGUGGCUGAUUUCUAAGUAACCUGCUCCAAGUGGCAAGUUAGCACUCAUUUCAGUAGGAAUACUGACAGAGACAGCCCAAAAUAGUGAAUGAGUUGGAGGUCUGUCAUUGGCAUCCUCUGUCUCCUCUUCCUGCUCCAUUCCCCGCAGACCUUGCUUCUUGGUACCAACUCUCCUGAAUGCCUCCUCAUUUGUCCUCCUCCUUGCUAAGGAAAGCAUGCUCUCAGGAAAGGAAGAAAUUCCUUUACUUUGAGAUUAUAAGGCUUAUUGAAACCUCUUUGGAGGGUCACUUGCAUUUUAACAGGGAAAAAGCCUUAAGCCAAAGGAAUGAUGUUCUACUUGUAGAAUUUUAGGCAUCUGUCAGUUACAGAAGUAUAUUUUUCACCAUGGAAAGGUCAAAUUCACUGAUAACUCAUUCCUAAAUAUAGAAAAUACCUUAAUCUCCUGGAACUAUCUAAGUUAAUUGCUGAUGGUCAAUUAAAUUCUCCUGAUUCUCAGUGCUGUUCAGUAUGGUUUCUACCAAGGGAGUCUCAGAAGUGGCUACUCAAGACACUUAGAAGGCCUAGGUAAUUCUUGUUGUACCUUAACAUUUUUACACAAAUGCAAUUAGUACUACUUAUCAUUUGAGUAAAAAACACAAGGAUUUGAAGAGUUUGUGAAAAUGUGUCUUGUUUAUGAAAGGUGAAACUGUCCAGUAAGUGCCAGAUCAGUGUCAGCCAUCUGGUAUCAGUGGUGAUUAUUAAACUUCUUCAAGGUGCAACUUUACUGCCCGCAGCCUCGGCCCCAACCCUUACCUUUUUUUUGUGCUACCACUUCCUCUUGGUGUGAGAAUGAGACCAGAUCUAUUCCAGAGUACGGUCCCUCCAAAGCCUUUGUGUGUAUUUCAGCUAUAAGUGACUAAACUAUUACGGAUUUAAAAUGAUGAGAGUGAGAAAGAGAUGCAAAGAGCUAACUUUGUAAAAGGGCGGCAAAAAUGAUAAGGAUUUUAACAAGGAUACGAAAUAAAUUUUUUAAUAAUCUGAUACAUUUUGUAGAGGAAUACAGUAGGAAAUGGUCAUAGGCACACAUUUGAGGCACUUUUAAUAAGUUAAGCAAAAAAAUUUGCAUAAGUAAUGAGUUAUGUGAAAUAGGUAUCUACUUCUGUUCAGUAAAGCCCAAAAUCUAGGCCAGUGGUUCUCAAAGCAUGGUCCCAGGACCGGCAGCAGCAGUAUCCGAAUAGUGUGUAUCUGUGUGUGUGUGUGUGUGUGUGUGUGUGUGUGCGCGCGCGCACUAGUGCUGUUACUUCUUCAAGCUCCUGAGUCACUAUAGCCACGACUCGAAAUGAUUCUAGCCUUUCCUAUCUUUUCUGCUGUCAUUAUAUUACGUGAUCAAUCUCCAUCCAUGUGACUUCUGUUAUCAUGUUCAUCAGAUAAUAUGUUUAUUUGGUGUUAAGUAAUUAUCAUAUUGAAUCAACUACUUGCUCAACCUGCAGAAACUUUUGAUUUGACUUAGCCAGCACAUCUGGCCUGUUUUUGGUUUAAAAACAAUUUUUUAAUCCACCAAUAGGAAAAAGAAGAGGUGUUACAUUUGUUUGAUACUGCCAACCCUUAAAUGUCUAUCUUCCCUGUGGUGGCUAUUCUCUAGGGAGGUUCUUAUAGAAGUAGAUUUAAUUUUUAAGAUUUUGCAUAUUUGUGGAAUUUGAUAUCAACAAAUCUGCAAAAAAAUCUGAACUGCAGCAACUAGUUAACUACUUUUUCUUUAUUCCUUGUGUGGUGUUGAGCUCUUUUUAAUGUCCAAUUUUACAAAAUGUUCUGCAUGCCAACGCAGCAUUGUGCUCAUUGUACAAGUCACCAGACACUCAUCUCCUCCUCCAUAUGUAUGAUGGUGAAGAAAUAGCAACAUGUAUGUUCUUACCUCUCCUAAUCAAUUGUAAAUUACAAAUCUUUUCAUUAAUUUUUAAACGAGAUAUAUUUACUCUGGCUAGUAGUUAAAAUUUAAUUCUUUUUAUUAUAUUUCAUUGCUACUUUUUUCUACUGACUCCAGAGCUUACUUUGGGGAUUAUUUCUUAUUUUUAGAUUGUUGUAUUGAUCUUAUUUCUAUAUUUAUCUGUAGUCAUGGAAUGUUAGUACUGAAAGGGACCAACCUCUCCUCUUACAGAUGAGGAAACUGAGGCCCAGAAAGUUAAAUAACUUACGCAAGGUCAUGCAGUGGCAGGGCCCAGCCUCAAUCCCAGUUCUCCUGCCUCUGGGCCCAGUGUUUUUUCAUCCAAAUCACUGCAUUUAUGGAAGACCCACAGCUGGCUUCUACUAUUAUGACACAUGAAUUUCCUAGGUAUGUCAGUGAAUAAUACAUAUGCUUUAAGGAAAAUGUUCAUGAAUCCAAAGACAAAUCUGAUUUUCAGUAUGGAAACAUUCAUUUCCCUCCAAAUUAAAUAUGUAUGUCCUACUCUUUACAGUGGAUGUUUUCUCUAAGAGUUAUUUGAAAUACUGAAUUUUUGUAGAUCAAAUUCCAUGUUUUAAGAGAGAAGCUUCUUACAGAAGGGCAUCUUCUGGUGACUUCUUUUGAAAAAUGAAAAAUGCUCUUGUCCAUAUCCCUCAUGCCUCUAUUUUCUUUUUCAGUGUGAACUUUUGUAACUGGUAUUUAUUUAAAGUAGGGCAAACCAAUAUAGACUUUCCUAGAAUCUACUUUAUUCUUCCCUUAUUAAACUUUACAAGAUAGUUUCAGACUGUUAGAUGCUCAUGAGAUGCUUACUUGUGUUCUAGAAACUUCUUGACAUUUUAUCAAUCCCUGGGCUCAAACUCUAUCUCAAUUUUAUCAAACAAUAACUGAAUUUUCUCAUCAGUACUGAGCUCUGUGUGCUGUUUGUUUUCCAGAACAUGGUUUGCCUAAUGUUCCUUAUCAUGACUCUCUCUUUAGCUAUUCUCAGGCUUCCUUCCAAAGCUCAUGUGUACCUCACUAGUGUGGUUUAGUGGAGUUGCAGGCAGUACUGAUCAGAUGGAGUGGUGUUUUCAGUUAUCCCAUUGUUCCAGUCCUUCUCCUGAACCUGCUCUGGUUUCCCUUUUCAGGAAUACUCAGAGAUUGGUGGGAUUUUCCUCUUCAUCUAGACCAAGGUUUGACAAACUGUUACUAUAAAGGUCCAGAUAGUAACUCUUUCAGGCUUUGUGGGCUAGGAAUAGAUGGUCUCUGUAGUAUAGUCUUCUUCUUUGUUAGUGUUUGUUUGCUUGCUUUACAACACUUUAAAAAUGUAAAUACUAUUCUUAGCUCUUGGGCGGUACAAAGCUGCAGACUGAAAUUGUCAUAGUUUCCUGACCCCUGGGUCGGGCAUUUCUGUGACCCACGUGAUGACUGGGUUGUGUGCUGGGUGAUGUGCACACUGUCCUUCCAUGUACCACAGUGUCAGACUCAGCUGCAGAGAGGUGGCUGGAAAGGCGUUGCACAUGCCAACCAGUACUCUCUGACAGAUGCCCUUCCUAGACUCUCAGUCUGUCUCUGUAUCUGCCCCUCUCUCUCUCUGACUACCUCAGUGUAGAACCCUCAUUCUUUUCUCCAGAUCUCCUGUACUGGUUAUCUAAUGUGCCUCUGCUUCCUCAAGUGUGGGUUAAGCUGGCAGGAAAGAAUGGUUUUCUGAGUUUUCUUAUUUCAUUCAUUCCAAACUGUGAUCAGGAACCCCUGGCCCUGGUCAUCAGUCCCACUCUGCUCAGUACUUCCAUCACAUGUUCAGGGCCAUCUCUGGAAAGGCUGGUGGCCCAGGCCAUGAGAUUCCAGUUCCGUCUACAGUUUCCUAGGAAAAUCACCAGCUCUGUUGGUUCCAAUGGCUGGUUUUAAAAUCUGAAAUGUCCACGUGCCCAUUUUAAUGUGAUUUGGACUUGUUCUAGACUCAGCCCCAGUAAUGAAACCAAUGAGGUAUGGAAGGUGUUCUAUGUCCACAGUUUUCCCCUGCCUAAACCGCCUGCAUCCCUGACCCCCAGCCCCAGGAAUAGGCUCCUUGGGAUGCCCCAUGCAGCACCACAGCCAGCAGGCAUUCAGCACACUGCCACCUCCUGUUUUCUGAACCUCUAAAAGGAUUCCUUAAAGCUCCUCCACAUCUCUUUUCAUCUCACUCCUGGUCUCUACCUCUCAUGCUGCUUGGGAGUGUAAAGCUCAGUUUCACAUUUUCACAUUUGCUCGUAUAAAUAUUGGAGGAUACCAGUGAAUAUCAAGUUAUGUGCCUGUGUGUGAGAACAACAUGGUUUCUCCACCUAGACUGUGAAGGUCCCAUUUGCUAGUGUAUCUUACAUGCACACACACACACUGUCCAGUUCUCUCAUCAGUUCUCUGGUCCAGUUCCAGGUCUGAUGGGGCUGGUCAAGGAGUAGGGGAUAGUAAGGGCUCCGGAGACAUUUCCCUUUUUUCGUCUUUUGAAACCUUCUUUCCGCUGGCUUAUGCUCACUUCUCCCAGGAAGCCAUUUGAAGAUACUCCUCUGGGGCAGUUUUGGACAGCCAACAUACAGAGAGCUAGGACUUUAAUCCCAUAUGAAUUCUGUCACUUAGACAUAUUUCUCAGGCUGCAAGAUUUUUUAAAUCUAAGAACUUUGUUUCUGGGGACCUUUAGUUUGCUUUCUGUCAUUUGAGCCCAGGGAUUUACCCACUUACUGAAAUCCACAUUUUUAAAGAUCAGAGACACUAGUAAUUUUAGGAUUUCCCUAUUUAAAAACAUUCAUGAAACAAUUCCUUUCUGCAUUUUGAUUAGGAUUUCCAGCCUUGAGGGAACCAGGCUUGUACCCUGGACUCUAAAGCAGCAAAAGUAGCACACUUGCCAAAAACAAAAUGAUGAAGGAGGAUUGGCUAGUCAUACUCUGCAGUCAGGAGGACUUUUGUUAAGUUAGUGCUUACCAUUCAGUGCUUACUGAGUGGGUGUGAUGUGCUCUAGAAAAAUUAGGGAGAUAGGAACUUGCAGACCAAUAUCCUAAACUGAAAGACAGUGAUGAGGCAAUUCCCCCAGUGAUGAGACUGUAUCCCUGGAUUGAAAUUUCAAGAAGCAACAUAAACUAGGAGAAGAGUGUCAUCCCAGUCUUUUUGGAAUUACAACACAGAAUGGAAGGGGGCCCUCUGUGGGGUGAUAUUACAAAGGGUCUUGUUUGUCUUUCUUUCUUUUUAUUUUUUCCUUUAAAAAAAAAAAAAGCAUUCCUUACUGGCUUGCUACCAGCAAUUGAACUGUAUUCUUUAUAUAGCUAGAGCUGUUUGUGUCUUCUUAAAAUAAAUUUUUUUCUGUUAAAAUCA